AGUAUUGGGCCUAGAGGAGGGAGGAGCAUUUCUUUACCUGAGGGCACAGGCCUCUCCCCUUGUUUGCUCUGAGAUAGCCAGUCUCGCUCCUUCCCAGCUCGAGGAGGCUGCCCUGUGGGUGCUGCCUUCCCUCCCCACCAGACCCAGACGCCCAGACCAACCCAUAGACGGCUGUACGGCAGGACUCGGCCAUGGCCCGGCUUUCUGGGCUGUUGCUCUGUGGGGCCCUGCUGGGCUUCGCUUGCCUGGACCCCGGGGUAGCCGUGGAGGUGAAGGUGCCCGCCGAGCCCCUGAGCACCCCCGUGGGCAAGACCGCCGAGCUGACCUGCAGCUACAGCACGUCGGUGGGAGACAGCUUCGCCCUGGAGUGGAGCUUUGUGCCGCCGGGGAAGCCCCUCUCUGCAUCCCAUCCCAUCCUGUACUUCACCAAUGGCCAUCUGUAUCCAACUGGUUCUCAGGCAAAGAGGGCCAGCCUGCUUCAGAACCCCCCCACAGGAGGGGUAGCCACCCUGAAACUGACUGAUGUCCACCCCUCGGAUACUGGAACCUACCUCUGCCAAGUUAAUAACCCACCAGAUUUCUACACAAAUGGGUUGGGGCUAAUCAACCUUACUGUGCUGGUGCCUCCCAGUAGUCCCUUGUGCAGUAAGAGUGGUCAGACCUCUGUGGGGGGCUCCGCUGCACUGAAAUGCAGUUCUUCCCAGGGAGCCCCCAGGCCAGUGUACAACUGGGUACGCCUUGGAUCUUCCCCUACACCUUCUCUUGGCAGCAUGGUGCAAGAUGAGGUGUCUGGCCAACUCAUUCUCACCAAUCUCUCCCUGACCUAUUCGGGCACCUACCGCUGUGUGGCCACCAACCAGAUGGGCAGUGCAUCCUGUGAGCUGACCCUCUCUGUGACUGACCCAUCCAAAGGCCGAGUGGCUGGGGCUCUGAUUGGGGUGCUCCUGGGCGUGCUGUUGUUGUCAGUUGCUGCAUUCUGCCUGAUAAGGUUCCAGAAAGACAGGAGGAAGAGGCCCAAGGAGACAUAUGGGGGCAGUGACAUUCGGGAGGAUGCCAUUGCUCCUGGGAUUUCUGAGCAAACUUCUGUGAGACCAGAUUCUAGCAAAGGGCUCCUGCAGAGACCCCCCUCUUCCAGCAGUGUGACGACCACCAAGUCCAAGCUCCCUAUGGUUGUCUGAUUUCUCCCCCUGUUCUUGAAGGGGAAUAUCAAGAAUUAAAGCCUUUGGGUAUCA